CUAAGUCAGAGUCACGUGCGCGUGUUGAUGGGAACGCGUCGUCGGAGUCAAACUGCACUUGCAACAUGAACAGGUCCGCAACCGCCACAUCAGUCCACAUCAGAUUGAUCGAUGGUCCACUACAUUUGCGCCACAUUGGACGACCAGAUAUAAGAGAAGCAGAAAGCGGUCUUUCUUUCUUGUCCUCUUAGUUUUCUCCACUUCACCACAACACUCAGUCAGUGUAACAACUUCACCACCUAGCGUCAUGUCCCCUACCGGCGAGACAGGCACAUCAUCCACUCCACCGCGCGCUAACGCACCAGCUCAUGGUGCUAGUAAAAUAGAAUCUACCCCAAAUAGCCGUGGGGCUGCCGUCGUCAGCGAGAACAUCAGCCUGGUCGGUGUCAAGGUUAACAAAGUCCGCCCAUGGAUUCAGCGGGAUAUCGAGCAGGCUAAGGAGUGCAAGGCAGAUGCCAUGCUGCAAGCCCUCCUGCAGCACGCUUCUUCUACUCCGGAGACUAAACAGCCCGAGCUCCUGCAAAAGUGCCUCAAGGCAGUUCUGCCUGUUUGCAACGGACAGGUGUCCACUGCACUCGCAAAGUCUUCGGAUGUCGAGACAGCCCUAAAAGAAUACAUGAGUCCAGGAGACGAAAACCACUUCUACGGCCCUUUUAUAAGAGCCACUAAUAUCGCUCUCGCUUGUCUUGAAGAGAUCAAGGUUGACGGAAUGGGUGCUCCUGUCCCUGCCGUGGAUAUGAUCUGUCAGCAGAACGAUAUGCCCAUGCACCAAACCCACCAGACCGCAAAAUCAAUUCGGAAGCCCGACCUCGUCAUUCUUCCUUUGAAUAGUGCAUGCGCUCCCUUCGAGAAAAAGAAAAAGAAGAACAAGAACAAGGACGACGAGAAAGAUGACAAGAAGCGCAAUAAGAAGCGCAAGGCUCACAUGGAUACGAAUGCAACGAGAAAGACGCCAGGGAGGAAGAAAGGGAUUCAACCGCCACUGCCCUCUUCAUAUAAAGUGGAGGACUAUGUCCCUACCAAGCCAGAAUAUCUGCCGGUGGAUCAUCUUAAGUCUGAACGCCCCGCACCAGGCCCUUCGCAGACCCGUGCAACACAACCUGCGUCCGACACUGCACUUCUAUCUUCCGGCCUUACUGCUGCACAGCCUUCCCAGGGCGGGUCCAGCUCCAAGCGCAAGGCCGCGGACACCUUGGAAUCCGCUGCAAAAAAAUCCAAGAUGAACCCUGAUGACACGGACGCCGAACCAGAUGUCACCGUCCAGACGGGUCUGUACGCCGCCGAAAUGUUUGCGGCCAACCUUGCAGUCAAUUAUCUACUGAAUCUUAUCAUCGUUGACGAUGUAAUGUGGAUCUGGUAUUAUGAUCGACAAGGCACCAUUCAAAGCUCGGGCAUCAACUUCAUUCAAGAUCUCCCGCGAUUUAUGGUGCUGUUGUAUGCUCUACAACGAUUCAAGCUUGAGGAUUGGGUCGAAACAAGGACUUCCUCCCAGUUCAAGUUGAGGGGGAAACGGUGCCACGAAUUCAAAAUCACGGAUGAAGAACUUGGAGAGGUGGAUCUGCUGCUUCAUACUAGCGACGACGAAAGAGUGACACACUACGGACUACAAGGACGCGCCACCAAUGUGGUCCCUGUCACUAGCGAAGCGCUCGCCAAGAAAUACCCAAACAUCCAAGGUGGGAUGGUAGCCAAGAUCUUUUGGGGAGAGGUGAAUCGCAUUAGCGAGCCGAAAAUCUUGGACAAGGUCAAGGAGAUCGCCCAAGGUGCACGCCACCUCCGAGAAGCGCUCGGGGUUCCAGACCCCACCACAGGCAGUCGCGUGCUCUACAUCCUCAUAUUCCCCAAGCUCUACCCCAUCACGAAGCUUCAAAGACAAAGAGCUUUUCGUCGUCGUGCAGGUCACGUCACUCUGUGGAAGGAAGGGGUCUAUCAUCGAGAUGUCAGCCCUGGAAACAUGAUGUGGUACGAGAUAGACGGGAAGCUGAUGGGUGUCUUGAACGACUACGAUUUAUCUCGUUGGCGAAUGACCCAGGUCCUCGGGGGCAACGAGCGCACGGGCACGGUGCCGUUCAUGGCGCUCGAUCUUCUCACUGAAGAGGGUCAACGGGGCGAAGUCAAACACCUAUAUCGUCAUGAUCUGGAGUCGUUUGUGUGGUGCUUGGUUUGGAUUUCCCUGCGUUACGAGAACGGAGCCCUUCUACCAGCGGAAUCGCGACCCUUCGAUGAUAUGGGCGACUUUAGACGCCGUGACAUGUGGCGUGAAAAACGAUUCAAGGAUACCGAGAGCUGGGUUGCGCUCAGCACACCUCCCCGUGAGCCUUCACUGUGAUUUUCUUUACUUGUUACACUAAAUAUUGUUUUCCUGUAUUCCGAUACUUGUGUCAAAUCCCCGUGUGCGCCUAGUCUCCGGUAGGCGGACUGAGCAAAUAGAUAAAUGAUAGUGCAUAGUCACUCCUCAAUGAGGAGAAUUAAAAAAAUUGUGCGUCAGUUCAGUAUGCUGAACUGCGCCGAGAUAAACAAUGACAAUUCGACGAUAAUCAGAUACAAAUACAAAAUUAGUAGCAAAAAACGUUUCAGACACGCUGAACGC